AUGUAAAUUCAGUCAUUCGAUGAAUUGGCGACAGAGAAGGAACUCAAAUUAUUUGGAAAGACCACAGCAUAGAAAUUCUAACGUCUUAAGAUUAUCAUCAUCGGAUUGUCAAGCCUUGGAUUAGAGAUUGCCAAACAUAUUUCUACACAACAACCUGAAUUGAUUACACUUUGCGAUUAAUAAUCACAAAGACUGAAAUAAUGUGAAUAGCUUCUAAAAACAAACAAUGUAACAUAAAUAGAAACGUUGGAGAUGUCCUACAAGGACAAUGAGAUUCUGUCAAAAGUAGACAAACAUGAUUUAACAAUAAUUUGUGAUAUUUAAUCCCUGAAUUUUGCAAUAUCAGUAAGUGAGCACUUACGUUAAAAUUCAUCUAAAAAUUAAAAGUAUAAUAAGGGAGUGAUUUGGACAUGUACUUUUGGAUUUAUUUGUCUUAAAUUUUCAGAUUUUGGCUAAGGAUUUAAAGUGUUUGAUAGAGAUGGAGUCUAGCCAUUUCCAUAUCAUAUCACCAACAUUACUAAUUCAAAUCCAGGUAUAGUAAAAAUCCAUGAAUCCAUUCCUCACAAUUACAAGACUGGUGAUUUUGUAAGAAUCAGUAAUGUUGAAGGUAUGACCUAAGUAAAUGGGCCUGAAGCACGUCCAAUCAAAGUAAUAUCACCAACCGAAUUUUCUAUUGAAUACACUUAGCAUUACAAUAAGUAUUUGGCAGGUGGAUUAGUUUAAUUGACUAAGGUACCUUUCAAGUAUCACUUUCAAAAACUGUCAGAAAGCAUAUACAAACCUAACACACUUAAAACAAAUGAGGAUAAGAUUGUUUACAGUACUGUCAUUGCCAAUUUGUAACUCUUGGAUUAGACUACUAAACCAUAGAGUGAAUAGGAGAUCAUCAAUAUCGCUUUGGCUGUCUAUAAAACAUUUGAUUUAGAUUAGUUUGAUGUGUAAUUGUGUUAAAAAACAAUCAAAUUCAUGUAGACAACAAAAUAUCCAGUCAUCAGUCUUUGGGCAGGCUAUUGCAGUUUGGAAGUAGUCAAAUUCACAGGGAAAUUCACUCCAUUAGAAUGCUCUUUCAUUUAAUUUGUUAGUGAUAUCGAUAGUGAUGACUAGCAAAUUAAAGUCAAAUUGCAAUCACUAAAUGCCUUGGUUAUUGGAAGUGGAGGAACUGGAUGCGAGGUUGUUAGACUCUUUUCUUUGAUGGAGUGUUGCACUCAGCCAAAUUCAAAACUCACUAUCUUAGAUGAUGAUAUUGUUCGUAAAUAUACUUUAGGCACUCAUUAUUGGUUUAAUUCAUCGACUCUUGGAAAGGCAAAGGCUGAUGUCGCUUAAGAAUAAGCGCAGUUACUCUGUAAUACUAUGAACAUUGAUGUUGAUAAAAGCAAAUUCAGUGAGAAAUCUGAGAUUAUUGUGAAAUAGCAUGACAUCAUCUUUUCUGCCAUCAACAAUCAAACAUCAAGAUUGCUCAUCCAACAGCAAGCUUAGAAACACAAUAAGAUUUUAUUUGAUCAAAUUCUUAAUGGUUUAAAGGCUUAUACUUAAUUUGGAAAACCAAAUUAAUAAUUACAAAUCUAAGAGACCUUGAAGAAUGUGUACAAUGUAGAUUAGGACACUUACAAGAAAUUCCCUUAUCUUCCAAUUCAUUGUGUUUUAUGGGCCAAGGAAGUGUUUGACAACAGUUUUGUUGGUUUUGUUACAGACUUUUAAAAAUUCCUUUAGGAUAGAAACGGAUACCUCCAAAAUUUCGACGAACCUGAUGUGGUUGAUAAUUAUCAUAUUAGAGCUCAUGUGAUUAAUAGGAUAUCCAAGCCAGGAUUCAAUUUGACUCUAGACAAAAUACUCAGUUUAUCAAAGGAAUUAUACGAAUUCCAUUUCGAGUUCAAGAUCAAUGAAUUAUUGAAAAAGUAUCCGACAGAUGCCUUAGAAUGUGUAUGGACUGGGUAUAAGAAGAUUCCUUAACCAAUUAAAUUUGAUUCCAAUAAUAUGGAUCAUGUUGCCUACAUAUAGAUAACUACUCUAUUGAUAUCCAAAUUAUUCAACAUUAAUGCCAGUGCUGUAUUCAAAUAAGAAUAUGUUAUUGAUAAAUUGUAGCAAAUGACUGAGAAUUACUGGAAUCUAACUAAUCCCUUGGUUCCAACUCCAGUGGAAUAUUCAUCGUAAAAUAAACCGUAAUUCUUAAAUUUUGAUGAUGAUCAAGUUCGAGGGUUGUAUGUGAGAUGCAUUCAUUCAUUAACAAAUUUAAGAUGUAAAAAUUACAAUCUCCAACCAAUUCCCUUGUACAAAGUUCAAAAAUACGCUCUAGAAAUGCAUAGAAGCAAUCCAAUAAUGCAUUCAAUUAUAGUGGGUUGGAUGGGCAUUGAAUUAAACAAAUAUCUUUAUGGUAAUUGCAAACAAAGAAAUAUGCACAUAGAUAUCAAUAAUAAUAUUUUAGAAUUCAUUUGA